AAAAAUACUACGCUUUUUCUGAAGACUCUACGGAACCGCAGUCAGUCUCAUUUGCGUCGAUAGAAGCCAAGCGAAGAUUAAUGAUGGAAACGAUAAUUUACAUCAAAUCGCAAAGAAUAAAUUAUUUGAAAAUCGGAAACGGUGCGAACAAAAUAUUACUUCUUCCUGGUUCUUUUGGUACCAUCUGGAAAGAUUUCAAACCCCAGAUAGAAGGUUUGGACAAAAAUAAAUUUACUAUUUUAGUAGUAGAUCCCCCAGGUCAAGGGUACAGCAGGCCCCCUGAGAGGGUUAUAACCCCCAAAAUGUUUGAACAAAACGCGGAUAUUCUGUAUGAACUUAUAAAGGUUCUUGCUUUUGAACCUUUUUCUUUGCUUGGUUGGUGCAAUGGUGGAAUAUCUAGUAUGAUUUUCGCAGCAAAAUAUCCAGAAUCUAUAAGCAAGCUUAUAAUUUGGGGGUCACACUCUUACAUAGACACUAAACAAUUAAUUACUUACGAAAAAAUAAGGGAUAUUAGAAACUGGCCGCAGAAAGCAUUGUUACCACAGUUGGAAAUAUUUGGGGAAAAAUUAUUGCAAGAUUUGCAAAAUAAAUGCGAUGUUAUGCUUGAAAUAAGCAAAAAUGGCGGAGAUAUAUGCUGUUCUUCUUUGAAGAAGAUACAGAGUCCCACUUUGAUUUUACACGGCUGCAAUGACGCGUUUUUAGAUAAAGAACAAGCUGAAUAUUUGGUGGAAAAUAUUAAGAAUACAAAGUUAUACGUAUUUCCUGAAGGAAAACAUCAGCUUCAUUUGCAGUUCUCCGAAGAAUUCAACGCUGUCAUCACAAACUUUUUGUUGAAUUGAUCAACAAAAUUUUCGAAAUACCACACUUAUUGAUGGUAUUCUAACUACCAUCACUACUACUUGAGAUUACCGAAAUUUUUGGAGUGAAUGAAAUAUUUCUAAAAAUUGACCUUUAUUAAUAACCAUUGAUUUCAAAUACAGAAUAAACAACAAAAAAACU